CGCUGCUUUCAAGAAGUUCCUCGCUCUGAACUCAAAAUCGGUAAGUUAAGCAUCCCCUUGGUCCUUGGCUGCGAUUUAGCUGCCGGCUGCAUGAUCAAACCCACUAUAGAAAGGAUGUAAAGGCCUUUUUAGAAAAUAGAUAGAAGUUCUUUCAUCUGUUGGACUAUAGCCGAGAAAAUCACGCGAACGGCAAUUGUUCGAUCAAGAAGUCACUAGUACUUGACUCUGCGCCUAGUUAAGCUGCAUCUCGAGGUACCGGUGACAUGCCAGCCUGUAUGCGGCCAGCCUCCCUUAAAUAACCUCAACCACCUCAUUUUUUUUUCCCACUCCGACUGCAGCUCUAUUCUUCGACCUCAACCACCUCCAUAUCAAGAACUCUCCCUCCGCCACUAUAACUGUCCUUUGUGUGAAACCACCCGGCAAAGGCAAAAAAGCGGUCUCUCGUCCGGCCAGACUGGUUAGCCGUGUUCUAAGCGCUGUCGGGGUUUCGUCCUCCCCUGGCCCUGGUUUGGCACGAGACAAGGCAACCUCUCGCCUGCCCCCAACAGCAGCCCGCCGCCACUGUCGAUACAUGAGGGAUCUCGAAAUCCCAACUCAAGGAGUCAGAGAGUCUACGUCCUCGUUGACGAUACCUCUCUUAAAUACACUCUCACCCCUAAGAGCUUGCAUCUUGUUCUCCACCCAAAAAACCCUCUCCUCCGGCACCCAUGGAGCCGAGAUAUUUCCCUCGCUAUUCCUCGUCGCGGCGAGCCACGAUGAUAGAUCCGGAUGAGGAGAGCGAUGAUAACUCCUCUGCUGCCCUACCGACUAUAACCACUCGCAGAAGGUCGACAAACAGCUCGUCCUCCUCCGUACACUCGCGCCCUAAACCGUUGCACACCCCUAACAAGGCCAUCUCUCCCUUUCACAACCUCCACCCUUCUGCUCCCGCUUCCCCUCCGACUCCCGCCCCAAGCCCGGCACCGCACCAGCGAGCCCCUAGCUGGCAGAGCGCUGGCGAAGACGAGGAUACAUUUUUGCGGGAUGCGAGACAGCAUUUCAGCUUGCUAGGGCGGGCGGAGGGCCAGAGGUUUCUGGCGGAGAUCCUGAAUCUAUGUGAUAAUCAGCAACUCAGUUUUGUCUAUCACUUCGUCAGCCCGCGGUUGAAGAAGGAUCCAUUUAAAGUGCUUCCGAAUGAGCUAUGUUUGAGGAUCCUUUCAUUUAUCGAUGAUCCCAAAACUCUUGCUCGAGCAUCACAAGUAUCAAUACGAUGGCAUGAGCUUUUGAAUGAUGAUAUGACCUGGAAGCUCCUUUGUGAUAAUCACGCUUACAGAACCAUGUCCGAAGACACCCAGGAGGAUUCUGAACCAUUCUCAUUCACCCUUCCUCCAAACCCGUACGAUCCCCGGUUCGCGCAACGACCUUGGCAGAGCAGCGACGGCCCUUCCGCAAGGAAUAAUAGCAGAGCUACGACGCCUACGACAUCCAGAGCACCCUCGUCGUUAGGAAACCAUUCCCGAAAACGCAGGGCGAAGACCAAAAGCUACAGAUCUCAUUUUAAACAGAGAUACAUGGUCGAAGCGGCCUGGAGAAAGGGUGGACAUGUCUUCACCAAACACAUCACGCCUGAUCAUGGCGUUGUUACAAGCCUGCAUUUGACCUCCAAGUAUAUCGCCGUCGCGCUGGAUAAUGCCAAGAUUCACAUAUUUAAUACAACAGGUGAGCAUCAGCGGACGUUACAAGGGCAUGUCAUGGGCGUUUGGGCUAUGGUACCGUGGGAUGAUAUUCUUGUCAGUGGUGGAUGUGACCGCGACGUACGUGUUUGGAACAUGGCUACUGGUGAGAGCAUCCACAAGCUGCGAGGACAUACCUCCACCGUGCGCUGUUUAAAAAUGUCAAAUGCAACCACAGCCAUUUCAGGAUCCCGCGAUACGACCUUACGAAUAUGGGACCUCGCCAAGGGCGUAUGCAAAAACGUCCUUGUCGGCCACCAAGCCAGCGUCCGCUGCUUGGGCAUCCAUGGUGAUCUUGUCGUCUCGGGUAGCUACGACACAACCGCGAAGAUCUGGAACAUAUCCGAAGGGCGCUGUCUGAGGACGUUAGCCGGCCACUUCAGCCAAAUCUACGCCAUCGCAUUCGACGGCAAGCGGAUCGCGACUGGUAGCUUGGACACGAGCGUACGCAUCUGGGACCCGCAAACAGGCCAGUGCCAUGCCAUAUUACAGGGGCACACGUCUCUUGUUGGCCAGCUGCAGAUGCGUGGCGAUACGCUUGUCACUGGUGGUUCGGACGGGUCUGUCCGUGUCUGGUCCCUGCUACGCAUGGCGGCCAUCCACCGACUGGCAGCCCACGAUAAUAGCAUCACGAGUUUACAAUUCGAUGAUAAUCGCAUUGUGAGCGGUGGGAGUGAUGGGCGGGUUAAGAUUUGGAAUUUGAGAACGGGACAGCUGGUGAGAGAGUUGAGUCAGCCGGCGGAGGCGGUGUGGAGGGUUGCGUUUGAGGACGAAAAGGCGGUGGUUAUGGCGACGAGGGCGGGUAGGACUAUUAUGGAGGUCUGGUCCUUUGCGCCGCCCGAUGAUGCCUUCGACGACCCGGGUUCAGACUCCGAUAGCCAGUCCAGCACCGCAGAACUAGGCUUCAGCAAUAUCAGUAGCAAUACGCAUCACCAGUUCAACGACCCCCACCAUUGCCACCAUCACCGCAAUGAUAAUACUCAUAACCACGCCUCAUCUUCCUCCGUCGCUGAAGCGGAAUCAUCUUCGUCGUUGUCCUCGUCGUCGUCCCCGUCCUCGUCAGUAGCAGUCAUUUCCCCGCCUCCAGCCGAAGCCACUGAGCCCGUACCUACCGCGUCACACAACUCUAUCCAGGACUUGGAAAUGCAGGAUGCCUUCACCGAUGUCAGCAGUAGUGCUGAUGCGAAUGGUCGGUGAUUGUUGAUUUGGUGACUCUUGGGACCUAAUAAAUAUUGAUAUCACAUAUAAUGGCGAUGGCAUUGGCAUUGGGUUGGUCGGAAAUCGCGUGCAGCAUGGCGAAGCUUCAUAUAUUCAUAUAUGCAUAUGUAUAUUUGUUUUUGUUAUUUCUCGGAGGAGUAAAUGGAAAUACAAGGGGGGCACAUUGACAGGCGAACAGAGGAUUAGUAGUUUAGUGGUGAUGGCUAUUGUGUUUCUUUUUCUAUAUAGAGAUAGAUAUAGAUAUAUGCACAGGAAUUUCAAUGAUUUUUCUGUUCUCAGGUAAAGAAUAGAAGAGGUUCGCGGGGGUGCCCCCGGGCGAGGGAGGGGGUUGGUGAAAGCAGGAGUAUAAUAUAAUGAGAGCGAAAGGGGUGAAGGGAAAAUAAGACGUUGGAAAGGCGUGGGUUAGUCUGGAUUUGAUGAACGCAAAAAACGCAUAUACUUCCCAAGGCCUAGCGUAGGGUUAGUUUAAGUUGUUCAAUGAAAAAAGAAGACAAAUAUAAAAAUUAUGAUUUGAGUUAAAGCAAAAUCCAAUGAUAGCUGGAGUAGUAGUAUCAAAAUUAAUAUAUGCUUGCCCACCACCACUUUCAAGCAGUUCCCA